AUCAUCAUCAUCACAAGAAGAAAGAGCCGAAAUGGAGAAGAGAGAGGGCGAAGAGACAGAAAAUGGAACAACCCAAGAGAAGGGUUCCAUUUGUGGAUUUGACUCUCUUUAUCAUCUCCUUCAAACUUCUCUCAGCCCCCAACUUUUCCAGGAAGUCAAUCGAAUACUUCUGGGCCUAAAUUGUGGAAAGAAACUUGAGUCUAUUGCUCUUCCGCAGCCGGUCAAAGCUCUCUCUGCUAAUCACGACUUUGAUCUUCAGGCUUUUAGUUUUUCUGCGGACGAAGAGUCACUUAGAGGACCUCGGAUUGUGAGGGUUGGCCUCAUUCAGAAUUCUAUUGUUCUACCCACAACUGAACCUUUCCUAAACCAAAGGGAGGCCAUCUUUCAAAAGUUAAUUCCCAUGAUUGAUGCUGCAGGCUCUUCAGGAGUCAACAUUCUAUGCUUGCAAGAGGCAUGGACGAUGCCAUUUGCAUUUUGUACUCGCGAAAAAAAAUGGUGUGAAUUUGCUGAAGAGAUUGAUGGAGAAUCAACAAAGUUUCUUCAGCAACUUGCACAAAAAUAUAGCAUGGUUAUCAUUAGUCCAAUUCUUGAGAGGGACGUGAACCAUGGAGAAACCCUGUGGAACACAGCAGUAAUAAUUGGAAAUCAUGGUAACAUAAUAGGGAAACAUCGGAAGAAUCAUAUACCUAGAGUUGGGGACUUCAACGAGAGUACAUAUUAUAUGGAAGGGAACACUGGCCAUCCCGUGUUUGAGACAGCAUAUGGCAAGAUUGCUGUUAAUAUAUGUUAUGGAAGGCACCAUCCUCUGAACUGGUUAGCUUUUGGGUUAAACGGUGCAGAAAUUGUUUUCAACCCGUCAGCUACUGUUGGUGAACUUAGUGAACCAAUGUGGCCCAUAGAGGCUCGCAACGCAGCAAUAGCAAAUAGUUAUUUUGUUGGUUCAAUUAACCGUGUCGGAACAGAAGUUUUCCCUAAUCCCUUCACUUCAGGAGAUGGAAAGCCACAACAUGCAGAUUUUGGGCAUUUCUAUGGUUCGAGUCAUUUUUCUGCACCAGAUGCUUCAUGUACACCGUCUCUGGCCCGUCACAAGGAUGGAUUGUUGAUAUCUGACAUGGAUCUCAACCUUUGCCGGCAGUUGAAGGACAAGUGGGGAUUUCGAAUGACUGCUCGUUAUGACGUCUAUGCUGAUCUACUUGGUCGUUAUGUGAAACAGGAUUUUGAGCCACAAGUCAUUUCUGAUCCCUUGUUACAUAAGAGUGCUUAAAGCUCUACCUUGAUCAUUAAGGAAGAGAAACAGGUAAAAUUGCUUUCGGGCUAUCUGUUGAGUAUCACAAAGUUUCCAUGUUUCAUGACCAUGAAGUGUACGUUCAAGAACAUAUUUACAAUAAAAGAAGUUGUGGAAUUUGUACAAAUACUGAAUUCACAGUGGUGUUAACAUCAUCAAUUUGGAAUAACUACUUGUGUUAAUCAGUACUUUUAACAUAGCCUUGGUUAAGGAUGGUUAUGUUAAAAAAAAGGAUUGGUCAAAGAACCUAAUUGAAAACUUCUACUUAUUCUGUUUUGA